AUGGACAGCACAGACAAAACCUCGUAUUGGAUUGAUGUAGAAGACUGGCACACAGCUGGCGAACCAUUCCGGGUCGUCGACAAACUGCCGGUUGGUCAUCUCCCGGCCUCGCCCACGGUUGCUCAGAGACGCUCCGACAUCACAGCAACCCCAGACCACCCUCUGGAUGAGCUCCGCCGGCUGCUAUGCCAUGAGCCUCGCGGCCAUGCCGGCAUGUACGGCGGGUUUAUCACGCCGCCAGAUGACUCUGGCGCCCACUUUGGGGUACUAUUCUGGCACAAGAACGGCUUCUCCACGGCCUGCGGCCACGGUACCAUCGCCCUUGGCUAUUGGGCCAUCCGUCAUGGUAUUGUCAAGGUCCCCGACGUCGAUGGACUAGUCGACGUAGUAGUCGACGUGCCUUCGGGCCGUGUGGUGGCACGUGUGGGAAUAGAAAGGGGAAAACCAAUAUACGCCGACUUUGUCAACGUGACCAGCUUUCAGCUGGCAAAGUCGCUGUCUCUAGCCGUCCCUUCAUGCGGCAUCGACGUCGUCGUGGACUUGGCCUUUGGCGGCGCUGUCUACGCCAGCUUGGAUGCAGCUCAGUUUGGGCUAGAUGUCGGCCCCAAGAACGCGGAUCGCUUUAUUCGGCUCGCUCGGGAAGUCAAGGCGUUGCUCGGCACCAGAGCCCGUUACGGCUCGUAUGACCUUUACGGAGUAGUCUUCUUCAGAGAGGAGCAGAAUGGUCAGAACGGGACGCAGGUUAUCCACCAGAGAAACGUUGCUGUGUUUGCAGAUGGACAGAUUGACCGCUCUCCCUGUGGCUCCGGGACCUGCGCGAGACUGGCCCUCUUGUUCGCGCAAGGCAGACUGGGCCCUGGUUCCUCGAGACUUGUGCAUCGCUCCAUCAUAGGGUCGACAUUUGAGGCGGACAUUGUGUCUACGGCACAAAGUCCCUUCGACGGAUUCCCGGCUUGUAUUCCGCGCGUUAGGGGCCGCGCCAACUUGGUCGGGCAGACCAAGUUUUUUAUUGACCCCGACGAUGAACUGUUCCCCGGCUUUCUAUUAUGA